AUUUAUUUUUGUUAUGUUUGGUUGGAACAAAAACGUAUUUUAUGGACAUCUGAUUUGAUUAUAAAGGUCAUGUGGUGUGCAUUAAAACAUCUUUUCCAUGUGUACAACUUUCUUCGGUUGUUGGUGGAAAAAAACUUGUGUCGCAGGGAUUGUUUUCAUACUACAACUGCACAACUCCAUGCUCAUGUGCGAGGCACUUAAUUACAGCGCACAUAUUUUUAGUGUACCAGUGGCGUUUAUAAAAUUAAAUAGGGCGUUUAUGUUUCCCCUCCAUUCAUUUGCAGAGAGGGGGAAGCUCACGUCUACAUAAAGAGGAGUAGGCGGUGCAUCAGAAAGAGCUUCCCAGUUUCAUGUACAGAGACAACUGACUCUUUUUACCGUGGAAAUAACAUAUUUUAAAUUCAGGAGACUAUUGGGUGGGUAAGUUUGUUUGUUGUUUUUGACCUAAAACUGUAAAGUCAGUAUUUGUUGUGUCCAUUGAUGGUUUUGUUCGACGUCCCCACCCCAUUCUCCACUGGAAAUCUUCUCUAACAGAAACGGUUAUAACGUUACCUGAGGUCAACUAAGUGAAGAAAUGUCCAAAUUGUUUCGGGCUGUUAUCAUGGGUCCACCAGGCUCAGGAAAAGGGACCAUCUCGGAGAGAAUUGCGCACAGUUUCGGACUCAAACAUCUAUCCAGUGGAGACUUUGUUCGAGAAAACAUUGCCGCAAAUACUGAAGCUGGUGUUUUGGCUAAGAAGUAUAUUAAUAAAGGAUUGCAUGUGCCAGACCAUGUCAUGACUAGCCUUCUACUGCCUAGAUUGGAAGAGAUGACCAAAUAUAGUUGGCUGAUGGAUGGUUUUCCUCGAACUCUAGCUCAGGCCAUUGCCCUAAACAGUACCUGUGAUCUAGAUGUGGUCAUCAGCCUCAACAUCCCUCUGGAAACACUUAAAGAAAGGCUGCGUCAUCGCUGGACACACCCACCCAGCGGGAGAGUGUAUAACAUGUGCUUCAAUCCCCCCCGAAUCCAGGGUAUAGAUGACAUCACGGGGGAACCAUUGAUUCAGCAGGAGGAUGACAGACCAGAAGCUCUGGUUGCCAGACUGAGACACUACAAAGAUGUUGCAAAACCUGUUAUAGACUUGUAUAAGGCUAAAGGCAUCCUGUACACAUUCUCAGACACAGAGACAGAUCAGAUCUGGCCAAAUAUCAGCACACUCCUGAGCACAAAGAUCCCCAUUGUCCAAUCAGAUGCUCGAUGUGCCUCAAAUCCUUGAGGAUGUCAGACUCUGUCAUAUGCUAUGGUUAUAUACAUAUGGCUUUUAGUAUUUGAGACAUUCCACAACAAUUCAAUUAUGUGUCUUUAAGGACCUUUAUUUAUAUCCAUCUCUGACUUUGGUGUUUGCCUAAGACACAUUUCUUAAUAGUGUUGCAAUGUUAUUAAACACGGUUUAGGUCAGAAUGUUGCAAUUAUCCUGUACUUUAAAAGCUCUAUAACUAUAAUAUGUCGUAAUAUACCUUGGUAAAGACAUUUUUAUUUCUCAAUAAAAUGUGGUAUUAGGUUAGGUGUUGUCGGCGCAAGGCCUGAUUCGACUAUGUUAAAAUACAAUGUUGAUCUCAAAUCAUCUAUGAUUAAUACUGUAGCUAUGUCUCUAUAAUGUGAUGAAAUAGCUUUUAUAUCAUACCAAAUGCUUUGUAAACUAGUUUGUGAACUUUUUUCUAAAUGUGGGAAUUGCUGCUGGAAAUCAGAUUAGCAUUUUUUAAAGCUGUAUUUGAGAAACCUUAGAGACAGUAGAGAAACUGAUGUUACAGUGUCAUGUAAAGUAACCAUUUGCAAUUUAUUAACAGUGUUAUUUCAUUAACAUCUUAAUUGAUAAAGACAAUGUAUCAUAAACAACAGAUUACUUUACUGACCGAAUCAAAUUUGUCCCGAAGACAAAUAUAUGGUAAAGGUUCUCAGAAUGUUUGUUAUACAUGACUUUAUAUGUAAUAGCAUCUGUCUCUCUCUUUCUCUUUCUUUCUCUCUCUCUCUCUCUCUGUGUAUGUGUGUGUGUGUGUGUGUCAUUUUCAGAGUUGUAUAAGUAUUUUUACUUUCUACAUAAAAGUAAAUUUUCAAUUA